UCUUAUUUAUUUUCUUUGGAAAAAGCUGGAUAGGCCAUUACAAGAGUUUCGUUAUGGAUGUUGUAACAAAAGUUUUAGAGGAAGCAGCAAAGCAUGCUGAACAAUUUAAAAGUAUUCACGUAGAAAAACAUCUUGAACUAGAAUAUGAUUUAGGAACAUUGCUGGCUGUAGACACAAACGAUUUAGACUUACGAAAAAUAAGAUCUAAAUCAGACAGAGACCAGUAUUUCAAAGAUCUAGCACGGGACAACACUCAGCUUCUUUUGAAUAAGAUUUGGGAAUUGCCAACAGAGAGAGUGGAAGAAGCAGUAGUUGCAAAACUUCCAGCACCAACAUUUGUAUUGCCCAGGGAGAAACCACUUCCAAAACAAAAGCCAUUGACAAAGUGGCAGAAAUAUGCCCAGGAGAAAGGAAUAAUGAAAACCAAAAAAUCAAAACUGGCUUGGGAUGGAACACUGCAGAAAUGGGUGCCUCGAUAUGGUUUCAAGCGGGCAGCAGCUGAGGAGGAAAAGAACUGGUUGCUUCCAGUACCAGACAGAGGAGAUCCUAAUGAGGAUCAGUUCACCAAGAAGUCCAAAAUUAAGAGUGAAAAUGUUGCAAAGAAUGAAUUUCAGAGGCUUAGAAAUUUGGCAAAAGCAAAAAAUGUCAAGAUCCCAAGAGUUGGAUUUCUUUCAGUCGAUAAACUUAAUUCCAAACAGCUGGGAGAAGUUGUGUCAGUAGCCAAGGCCUCAACUGCUUCCCUGGGCAAGUUUCAGGGGAAUCUUCCAAAGGAGAAGCGAGCAAAGAACAUUGGACCUCUGCUUCCAAGUGGCAGGAAGAGGAAACUAGCACCCCCAACUCCCGUGCAAGAAAGGAAAUCAAAUUUGGACAUCCUUGACAGUAUCCUUAACAAGAAGCCCAAGUUAGAUAUUGAGAAGGCAGUAAAUCGGUCACUGAACACUGAACAGCAAGAGCAAUCUGAGGGAACGAAAAGUCAGAAGAAGGGAGGAAAGAGAAGAAAAGGUGGGAAGAAAGGAAAAGGUGCUGGGAAGAGGACAGGAACCAAACCCAAGGGUGGAAAGGGUAUCAGAAAACCACGUGAAAAGACAGGACGCAAAAGACGUUGAUGCAUAUCUGCUGAUAUGAUGAUGCCUGUACUCACUGAAAUUAUAUAAACCAUGUGAAAAAAGUUAAUGAAGAGAUGUUUCUUGUUUUGGA